AUGUUUACGUGGCUUGUUCUCCUUACUUGGAUAUUUCAAAACGGAAAUGCAACUGAAAUAAAUACUUAUAAAAUAAUUCGAUUCGAAGAAGCUGAAAAAAGCCCCCUCAAUGAUGAAUCACUGAUAGAGUGCGUCAUUGACCUUACUCAAAUAACAAUUAUCUAUUCACCAACCAUACUGAUUCUUGAAUCAGAUACUGAUGAUAUAUUUUUUAAUAAAAUUAUCAAGAAUUUCGCCCAUAGAGACAUCCCUAUUACAAUACAGGAUAAAGACAAUCACGGUGUGAACCAAACAAUUGACGUUUACGACGGAAACGUUAUUGUUAUUGUGAAUUUCGAAAAUAGUGACGCGCUUUUUGACUUCGAAAUAGAUCAUACAGGCAAAAGAGUUAAAUACCUUGUAAUAAUAUAUGCACUUACAGAAGAUUUGAAAUUACGAGCUUUUAUACGACGAUAUAUGGAUCGCGAUAUAACUUUUAUCAUACCGGAUCCGGAAGCUGAAAAACAUUAUGUUAUUACUUUCCCACCGACGAUGAAUGAGAAAACGUGUGAACCUGUGGAGAAAUUUGAACCAAAUAUAAUAAACAUCUGUCUCAACGGCUCCUUAGACACGGAUGUUAUUUUCCCUGAAUUUAUUAAAGCGAAUUUCAGAAAUUGUUCGCUCAGAGUGGGCAUGGGUUCAUUGUUUCCGUUUACGAAGAUUCCAAAUGAGCAUAAAUUGAAAAAUUACGACUUGAUACCCGAAAUUGAGGGCUCUGACGUGGGAAUUAUUAAAAUAAUCGCUAAUUACUUCAACGCGUCGAUAAUUUGGCAUUAUUUAGACAUCGAACACUCUCCGUACAGUAGUACUGAUUAUACAGAAUUUAUUUUUAAUGGAAGCGUGGACGUGUCCGCUGGCGGGCUGUACAGGAUGUAUGGCGAUCGGGUGUCUUACUCUGGAAUCUACACAAUGCAAGCUGUGAUUUGGAUCUAUGCCGCCCAUAGGCCUGGUCGUACUUGGGUCAAUUUAGUACACAAAUUGAACGUAAUAUACUUUUUUGGCAUCUUUUAUUUAUUAUACUCAAUUACAUCUUAUUGUUUUCGCAAAUACGACAAUGGGAAAUGCUCUUUUAGAGACAUCAUAUUGUACAGCUGGGGUGCACUUGUCGGGACAUCGUCUUUGCCAGAACCUAAGUCUUUGAAACAUAAGAUGUUAGACGUAUUCUAUUUGAUACUAUGUAUUUUUGUGUCAUCUUAUAUGAACAUUCAAUUAGUUAGUUUCUUAACAAUUGAUGGGCCAUCGGUCUCUUUUAAAACCAAUGAUGACGUUAUGAACUCCGGCCGUAUUCCUUAUAUGCAUCCGAAAAAAAAGUACUUUAUAGAGGAGAGUAAAUACUUGGCCUUUGCUAACACAUCGAAGGAUUGCGGUGAUUUCUUUGAUUGCUGCGCCAAGGUACUUGAAAGCGACAGCGUGACCGCGAUAUUAGAUUUUUAUUUUUACCUCGUGCAAGCGUCUACAGCCGUCAAGGAUGAAGCUAAGAUACUAAAACCUACGACCCGGAUAAUUACUGUAUAUCAUGAAAUAUUGAUCAAGAAAGACAGUCUUAUUGUGUCUGGGGUUCAAAAAGUUCUGGAGAGAUUGUUUGAAGCUGGUAUUUGCAAACAUCUUUAUAAGCAAGCUAUUGGCAUAACCGUGGUGGCCAAGGCUGAAAGUGCAAAUCAAGUAGCGCUCAGUAACAGCUACAGCUGUGUUUCGGGCUGCGCCAUUACUCUUUCGCAAGUUGGGGGAGUAUUUUACUUUUGGACCUUCGGGUGCGUCCUGUCUGUGAGUGUCUUCUUGUUAGAGAUGACGUGGAAAAGGCAAACUCGUUCGGUAUGAAUUUCAUUUUAAAUGAGUGACAUUAAGAAAUAAAUUAAU